GCAGGUCGUACUUGUGACAAACACCAUCACCACCAUUCUUGUUCCCCGCGGUCGCCAGUCGGCCAGUCCCGCCACUCUUCCGUUCCGCUCGGCAGUAGUGCGCUGCACGGACGAUACUACGCUCGCUAUCGACGGAAGAAAAUGUGUGUCGCGUCCACAGUGUACUAGUAUUGUAGUGGCAGUGCUCGUGAGUUACGCACGCGGACUUAGCUUUUUUAAUAGAACGAUCUACUCAAAUAAUGAUGGCGCCCGAGACUGUGGUGACUACUGAACACAACAAACCCGCUGCAGCUUCACCUCAGCAGCAGGGCGGCGCGUUGGAUUGGCUCAAACUCGACCUAAACUAUUUCAAAACUCCACCAGGCUUGUUGAAAAUAAUACAACUUGUGCUCGGCAUCUUGUGUAUGGCGUUGGCGUCGCCUUGGUACUCUACGUGGUUCGUCUUCGUCGCAGUCACGAGUUUCAUUACCACCCUCAUCUGGAGUUUCGUCUACCUGCUAAGCAUCAAGGAAGUCAUCAAAAUUCCCAUCAACUGGGUUUUAUCUGAGCUGAUCAGCACCAGUAUAGAGACAUUUAUGUACCUGAUUGCCUUCAUUGUGCUGUUCGCCGCGACCGCUGGCUACUACGCCUACGGCUAUGGAUCCAACGUUGCAGCAGCUGUGUUCGGUAUUUUCAACACGGUGGCGUACGCAGCCAGCUCUUUCCUGCUGUUCAAGGAGCACCGAGGAUCAACUGCUACGGGACAAGUGGCGUGAGCCUGAACCCUGUGCGCAUGCGCCGCGGCCACUAUAAUAAACCUCAAUGGAAGCCUAUUAUCGUAUCGUUCACAUUCGUUUCGCUUUCGAUAAAAAACACCGAAAUAUAACUGUAUUUUUCACGAACUGUUAUUAAGCACUCGUUGCAGAUAUUUAUUUUUAUGAAAAAACUAUACACAUUGUCUAAUCAAAAGUAUACCUACAUUUUAUUCGGACGUUAAUUUUGUAUCAAAAUAAUAGAGCACCUACAUGUGCCCACGUCUUUACAAACACAUCGAUUUCAUAUUCGAAGGUCUUAUGAAUGUGUUAUUAAAUGCCAGGCUGAUCUACACACAAUAAAACUAUUAGACAUUUAUGAUUAUUCUAUAUUAUUAUCUAAAGCGAAUAUUCCAUCGCAAAUGAGAAAAUACUUUGGUUUCAUUGAUCAAAACCGUCUGCAGAUAGUAGGUAAACAUAAGUUUGUAAUUUAUGUAUAAUUUAUAUUUUAUAGUGUAUUUAAAAGUCAUAACAAACAGUACGGUUUCAUAUUAUUAAUUAUAGAAUAAUACUUAAAUUAAUGGCCAUAGAUUGUGUACGUGUAAGGUAUGUAAAUGGUAAGCUACGCUUUUAAAUGGGAAACCGUUAAAUCGGUCAAUUUAAUGAACAAUCUCUGUAUCUAGUUGGACAGUGGUAAUUUAACUAUGAGUUAGAAACUCGUUUCAGUUGUCCUUUUGUCUAUGGUUUCUAUACAGUCUGUACUGGGCGGAGCUCCGUUCUCGGGACAGAUCCAUUCAAAUAUGGAAAACCUGGACGGUAGAAAAGGUCAAGCUAAACUCGAUUAUUUAGAACUAAAAACGCGCAUUGUCAUUAUUUGCUAUAAUUAAAUUGAAAUGAACAAAAAACAUUUGUUUUCAAAUAAAAACGUAAUUUUCGGGGCCAGUUCGACGAAGUACACGCUUAGGUUUCGUUUUUUAAGAUAUUUACUCGUAUUUUAAUCUCACGGUUGUUAUACCUAAUAUUUUGUUAGACUAGUCUUACAGAAAAACAAAAAGUUGCAUGAAAGUUAAAUGUUAAAUCUAAAACGAAUUAAUUGUAAUUUAAUAUAUACUUAGAUAAUUUGGGACAGAAUGUAUUGGUAAAGACAAUAUUUUUCGCACUUUUUAGUACACAUAUCUGUAUGUUACUUUGGGUACUUGAUGCAUUUAGCAUCCAGAGAGAGCAAUAAUUCUAAUGCUCAUAUACUUUUUCAAAGCUAAAGGUUUAUGAUAAAAUAUAAAAAUAUUUUUGUGAGUGAGUUUUCGAAGAUCUAUUUGUACCUUAAAAGUAUUUUUAUAAAUGUCGGAACUAAAUGAGAUUGAGCACGUUUUCUACACUUACACCUGUUUAAGUAACUAUCAAUACUUAGAUAUUUUAUUUAAAAUCCUUCUUAAAGUUACAUUUUGAUGUUUUUGUUAAGUACUGAAAUAUUUAAGUUGUGUUGAAUGUCGGGUGUUAUGUGAAGUUUUAAACAAUAGUUAAUUUUAUUGACCUAAUUUGUAAAAAGUUAAUAAAUAUAUUUUAACAUA